GGGCGGCGCUGGUGCGUUGCUCUGGGAGGCGCCGCGGGGCCGGGCGCGGAGCUGCGGGCUCGGGGGUGUGAGCGGCCGGGCAGGGCGCCCCCAGGAUGCUGCGGUUCCUGCGCAGGACCUUUGGCCGGCGGUCGAUGCAGCGCUACGGGCGAGGAGCCGGGCGCGGAGCCGGGCGAGGCGGGCUGGGCGGCGAGGGGGACGAGCGGGACGGGGGGCUGCGAGGAGCCGCCGCCGCCGCCGCCGUCGGCGCGGGAGGCUUCCCCUCCUCCCCGCACCCCGGAGGGGUGGUGCACAGCGCCGGAGCCCCCGUCCACAUCCCGGCGGCCGGCGGCAGUAAGCCGGUGCUGCAGUGCCGCGUCCUCCUCCUGGACGGGAGCGAAGUCAGCGUGGAGCUGCCGAAAAAUGCAAAGGGACAGGAGUUGUUUGAUCAGAUUGUAUAUCAUUUGGACCUUGUGGAAACUGAUUACUUUGGCCUACAAUUCAUGGAUGCUUCCCAGGUUACACACUGGUUGGACCAUUCAAAAUUCAUUAAGAAGCAAAUAAAAAUUGGACCUCCGUACACGUUGCAUUUUCGAAUUAAGUACUAUUCAUCUGAACCAAACAACCUUCAUGAGGAGUUUACAAGGUACCUGUUUGUAUUACAGCUCCGGCAAGACAUUCUUUCAGGGAAACUGAAAUGCCCGUAUGAAACUGCUGUUGAACUAGCAGCUCUGUGUCUUCAAGCUGAGCUGGGAGAGUGUGAGCACCCAGAGCACACACCAGAACUUGUGUCUGAAUUCAGGUUUGCACCAAACCAGACAGAAGCAAUGGAAUUUGACAUUUUCCAGAAAUGGAAAGAGUGCAGGGGAAAGAGCCCGGCGCAGGCUGAACUGUGCUACUUGAACAAAGCCAAAUGGCUAGAAAUGUACGGUGUAGAUAUGCAUGUAGUUAAGGGGAGAGAUGGUUGUGAAUAUGCUCUUGGACUGACACCAACAGGCAUAUUGAUCUUUGAAGGAGCCAACAAAAUAGGCUUAUUCUUUUGGCCUAAAAUCACAAAAAUGGACUUUAAAAAGAGCAAACUAACGCUUGUGGUUGUAGAAGAUGAUGAACAGGGCAGGGAGCAAGAGCACACAUUUGUUUUCCGAUUAGACAGUGCCAAAACGUGCAAACAUUUGUGGAAGUGUGCAGUGGAGCACCAUGCUUUCUUCAGAUUGCGAGCCCCAGCAAAUAGUAAAUCUAGUAGAUCCGACUUCAUAAGGCUGGGAUCACGCUUCAGAUUCAGUGGUCGGACAGAGUAUCAAGCAACACAUGGGACAAGAUUACGCAGAACUAGUACAUUUGAAAGAAGACCCAGCAAGCGAUACCCAUCUCGAAGGCAUUCAACUUUUAAGGCAAACAAUCCUGUGAAAGCAGCACAACUGUGUGCUAAAAACACUCCUGAAGUCCAUAACUACCAGCCACAAUAUCAUCCUAAUAUACAUCCUGCUCAGCCACACUGGCAUCCACAUACACCUGUGAAUGUAAGCUAUCCCUUGAACAACAGUGAUCUGCAUCAGUUCAACAUUGAGGAGAAUGGUGGGACACCCUACGCCACAAAAAUUCCUGCAAGGCACCACCACCACCACCGUCAUCACCACCACCAUCCGAAUUAUGGUGCCCUUACCCCCGACAGCAAAGACAUUGUUUCUGGAGUUCCAAACCCAAACAAACUGAGCUCAGGACUUCCCCUUCUUUAUGAUGAAACUUCUCAUCUGAAGAAAAUAGAAACGGAGAGUGUGAAGGUAGUUGGACCAUGGCCAGCCCUGCACGUCAGCAUGAACAAGGGUGAAGACAAGAAAGUAUCUGAAAAGACUCUUCAUGCCCCUGUGUCACCUUCAUCUGUACCUGACCAUAUGAAGUGCAACAUCCUUAAAGCUCAAGUGGAAGCUGCUUUUAGAGUAGGCACUCAGGCUGUGAAAGACGAGACCUCAUUUGUAAAUCCCAGUAAGACCUCCAGCCUGCAGGACCCUAAUGUAAGAAGUCCAGCUCCAGUGCGACCUGAAACUACGCCAUCAACUGGCCCGACAGAAAAGCAGGAGAUUAAAGUUUCUCUUGUGAGGAAGUUAACGAGGCAGUACAGUUUUGAUGAAGAUGACCUUCCUCCAGCACUGGCAGCAGCAGCCGCAGCGUCAACACCUGUGUCUUCAGCAUCUCCCGGAUCGCAGAAAACGUGUACACCACAGACGUCAGAAGGACAAACACAGGUUUCACCUGGUGGCAAGAGUUCCACAGAUGCUGGAAGUACAUUUGCUUUGGAGCCAGGUGACCUCCUGAUGGAUUUCACAGAGGCCACACCCAUGAUAAAGACAUUCCCUGCUGAUACAUCUAAUCCUUUUUUCGAUCCUUUUACAACAGUACCACAGUUUUCUGCAGAAUUUACAGACAGCAAAUUACAGUGCUGUGCGGUGCAGUCAUCCCCUAAGAUAACGCUGGUAACUCCGUCGCCCGUACUGAGAUCUUUGGCAGAGACUAUACCGACUCCAACGGUCCAGACAGUCUAUACGUCGCAUAAACCGAUUUCGCUGGCAGACAGCGCUGAGACUCUGAGGCGUGAACUUGAGAGAGAGAAAAUGAUGAAAAGACUCUUGAUGACAGAAUUAUGAAAUUCGCACUUCCGUCAGAUGGAGAAUGGAUUGGGGCCUUUCAUGUGCCUUCUGUCUGUUUACAUUCCUCUGCUUCUGUGUACUCAACAUAAUGCAUCGGGAAAAUGUGUGAUAUUCCUGGCUUGCCUGGAUUCACCACGGUUGGUUAAAAUUAAGUCUCAGCUAGACUUUAACUUGAAGGAGUUCCUUUAUUCAUUUGCUGCUGGGAAAUAAACCUUCAACCCUUUGUCUCUCCUGAGAUUUUAUACUAUUAACACAGUUAAUUUCAGGUUUGGUUUUGGUAAAUCUAGGGCAAAAAAGGAUCAGCAAGGAGCAUACUGAUUUCUAUUGGGAAACACUGUUCUGUACAUAUGUUAAUAAGUGCACAGAAAUUAAUGUUAUGCAGAAUAUUUUGAUAGUAACAUAGAGAAUAUGUCAUUUUGUACAACUGAAAAUUGCAAUGAGCUACUGCUAUUUGUUAAAGAACCAUUUUUAAAGCAGAAGAAUGAUUCUUACAUCCUAACCCCAGGACUGUUAGUCUCCACAGAAAAAUGAACAGCUGUCUUAUUAAAUUCCUAACCUUAACCUUCACUCAGAGAUAUAAAUAGCUGCAAGGGGGAAAGACACCCCACCAUACAGGUAUACGCACCCAACACCCCCUCUAGUUUGUCAUCUUGACCUAAACCUUCAACUAAAUCUUGCCGUAUUUCCAUUAAUGGAAAGAAUCAGUUGUUUAAAGUAAUUUGCUACUGACUUUCUAGCUUGGUACUGACCUUUUUUUAACUCAGCGAGAAGUUUGACCUCCUCCAGGCUGCCUAGGCACUGGGGCUCGCCCACACUCGGGCAGCUCCUGCCUGGCACUGAGGGCUGCAGAGCCUUGGCGCUGUGGACGUAGCUCGCGCAGGGAGGAUUUUUUUCUUUCCUGGGUAGAUAAACCCCCUUCCUGACUGACAUGAAUUGAUCGAUCACUUUAAAGAACAGCAACACGGAUAGUUUAUGGCAUAGCUGUGUCUAUACCCAUUUUUUUCACUCCACUAACCAGCACGUGUGUGCUGGCAAACGUGUGGACGGUGCGCCCGGCUGUACAUCCCGUCCACCUCCAGCACGCGAGCAGCCUCUGCCUUCAGUGGAGCUAUCUCGGGCACCAGGAGGGGUGGGUGGUCCAGCACUAGCAGAACCGCAGCCCCAGGGAGGGUUUUUAUGGUAUACAGGUAAUGCUGCCAACUAAUUCCUAGGGG